AUGGAGAGUCUUCUUCGUGACAGGAAAAAAAAUCUUAAACCAACAAAUACAAUAUUGACAAAUAAUUUAGGUGAAAAAUAUGAAAUAAAUAAUGAAGGUUUUUGUAAAAAAAUUAAUGAUAAAUGUUUACCAUUUGUUGUUGAUAAUAAACCUGAUUUAGAAGUUGUUAAAAUAAUAGAUGGUGUUUAUUUAAGCUCACAAGAUCCAAUUUAUUGUUAUGAUAUAUUAAAAGAGCAUAAAAUUCAACAUAUUUUAAGUCUUGGAAUUGAGCCAGAUAUAAAAUUUUCUGGUAUAUCAUAUUAUUUUAUUGAGAUACUUGAUUUACCAGAAUUUAACUUGACAAGUUAUUUUGAUAAAUGUUUUAAUAUUAUUGAUAAUUGUAAAGAUGAUAAUAUUUUGGUGCAUUGUAAUGCUGGUGUAUCAAGAUCACCGACAAUUAUCAUUGCUUAUUUAAUUAAAUAUGUAAAUAUGAAUUUUAAUGAGGCUUUUGAUACAGUUAAAAAAGCUAGACCUUGUGUAAGACCAAAUGAUGGAUUUAUCAAACAACUGAAGAUCGCCCAUGAAGUGGCAAGUUAA